UGGUCGGGAUUACUGUGCGAGACUUACAUUAAACUUGAUAUCUCUUUUAGCUGAGCGCGUUUCACCUCUCAGACGAAUUGGCUGUAUUUUUCUUGCUUUGCGUAUUUGGCUGACGUGUUCGGGAUGGUGCUGCCCGCCAGCGCAUCACAGAUAGUGAUAGUGAUAGUCCCAUCCUGGCCAAGAGAAGAACUCAGAGACUUGCUCCAUUGUCUGUGUCUAGCAACCAGGCAGAGAAGAGUAUGCUAGACAAGGCAUCAGCUGUUGUAUGGUGACCGGAGACAAGACAAGAGCCUGCUUUAUGAAUACUUCUUUUUCAGAUCCAUCAGAGACCUGCAGUCAGAGAUACAACAGCGUAUCGCUUGACUAGAGAAUGAAUGGCGCGCUUGGCCUGCCACAAUGCUCAGCAUUCACACCUGUCGGGAAAGAUGCCGUUUGCUCUAAAUCUUCAAGAAAACCACCAAACUUCAAUAGCCAACAGCAACAUGAUCCAAGAAAGAGGAGGAGGUACACUGUCAGAAUGCUCCUAAACUGGAACACCUCUGUCCUGGUUUGCGGAUCACUCACACUGACAUCCAGAGACAUUUUGCCUAUGAAAUAACCUCAGAGACCUUGCAGGCAAACUAACUGUGGACUGUUUAUUAAAUUGAGGGCUAAGUUGGACGGCUGUCCAGCCCCAAGGCCGCUACACUGACAGAUCAGCCAUUUAGAAGGUUUUUUCAUGUCAGCGUAAAGGAAUCUGACUACUAAUAAUUAUAAAUGCUUUAAAACUAAGAAUUACAUCUUGCACACUUUCAGCUGUCUGGUCGGCCUGGUUGUGUUCAUGCAGGCAGUCUUGUAAAUACACUUAAGAGUCUGGACUGCACCUGUCAGUGAUAUCACAAAACUAAAGAGGAGAACUUUCCAAGGAGCCAUUGCGAAUCAAAACCAAACAUCAGUAUAUUUUUAGAAAUGAUUUUUAAGUAUAAGCUAAGGUGAAGGACAUAAAUAAUAAGCUCAAAUCAAGUCUCAACCCUGAGGUGAUAUAGAAUAUUUGCUUGCGGUCCUUUCUCUCUCCGCACUCUGUCGAGGAAAUAACUGAAAGUAAACGCACCAGUGAAUGAUAAACUGCCACAUGGAGAAACACUCUCAUCUCAGACACUUUCUAACUCUUUAGGGAACUCUAACCAGGUGUCCUCUCACAGCUGGGACCUGUCUUGAGCACCAUUAGCAGCAAACAUCAUGUCAGAACUAGAGGACUAUUCCCCUCCUCAGGGCCACCUUCAUCCUGACCCAGCUCGCAUCCAGCAGAACCUCCUGGAGGAGCAGGUGGAGCUCUGGUGGUUCAGCGAGCCACGCAAAUCCUUAUUAUGCUACUGCGCUUCAGUGGCCUUGAUCUUAGGCUGCGGCCUGGGCGGCGUAGGCCUCCUUUCCACCACCACCAGCCUUUCCAGCGAGUGGCGACUGGGCACCGGAACUGCUCUUUGCCUUCUCGCUCUGGCCGUCCUCCUCAAGCAGUUGCUGAGUUCUGCUGUCCAGGACAUGAACUGCGUGCGCAGCAGGCGCCGAAUCAACAUGCUAAAAAGUGGCGGUUUAUCUGAUGUCCUCAUCAUGUUGAUCACAGGGGCCUCUCUGCUCAUUUGUGGAACUGUCCUGCUGGAUGUGGCCCUGUCCUACCACAUGCCCAAACCUGGGAAAGCACUGAAUGACAUGUAUAUAUCCGGGGUGGUGAUGCUGGUUGGUGGGAGUUUUACAGUAUUAGCGGUCGGGAUUUACACUGCAGUAGUUUUCCUCUUAGAGAGGUCAGGACCGGGACAGAGACGGUGGGAGAGGACAGUGGGAAUCUUCAGCAUUUCAGGCCAGAUGCAGGCAAGAAGAGAGACUGCUUCAAGUCUGGCUCGUCUGAUAUAACUGUGACUACAUAAAACAUAUGCCAUUCUUUUGCUGAACAGGAACUGAGAUGAAAAAAACAACACCCUCAGUGAUACUUUGCACCCAUUAAACAAGUCGCAAAUCAUAUGUGACAUUUACGAUUACAUUUUGGCUCAAAGAUCCAGGCAUUAAACAUUUCAGCACAAACAUUCAGCUUUUACAUGCAUCACUCCAAUAAAGUACAGUUAAAAGUACUGAAAAAGCACAAAAGCAUAUUAAAGUUUGUUCUUUAAUUGAUUUUAGGUAAAACAUGCUGCUUUAUCUCCAAUGCUAUUGGACAAUAUG